AUGUUUGCUCGUUUCAUUCGACCUACCCCCGCCCGCCUUAUUUCUCCUAUAGUCCCUCGUCUUGUCCAUCCAAUGUCUUCCCUAAGCUCUAAAUCUUACGAACACAUUCUGGUUUCUUCCCCCAGGCCGGGUGUAGGGCAGGUUACUCUCAACCGCCCAAAAGUCAAUGCCUUGAACACUCCUCUUAUGUCCGAGCUUAACGAUGCUCUUCGCGCAUUCGAUGACUCAAAGGCAAUCGGUGCAAUUAUCAUUACCGGCAGCGAAAGGGCUUUCGCUGCGGGCGCCGAUAUCAAGGAAAUGCAGAACUUGACAUUCUCGGAAGCGUACAGUAAAGACUUUAUCAGGCUGUGGUCGGACGUCACGCAAAUAUCGAAACCCGUCAUCGCUGCUGUCAAUGGGCACGCUCUUGGAGGCGGUUGCGAACUCGCCAUGAUGGCCGACAUCAUCUAUUGUGGACCAACGGCUACAUUCGGCCAACCGGAAAUCACAUUGGGAGUUAUCCCGGGCGCAGGAGGAUCCCAGCGGCUAGUUAGAGCUAUCGGGAAAGCGAGGGCUAUGGAAUUAAUUCUCACUGGAAAGACGUUCUCUGCUGAGGAAGCGGAGAGAUGGGGCCUUGUGGCGAGGGUGUUUGAGACUCCUGAGAAAUGUGUUGAGGGAGCAUUGGAAACCGCAGAGACGAUUGCGGGAUACGGAGCGCUGGCGGUAAAAGCGGCCAAGGAGGUUGUCAAUCAGAGUUUCGAGGUUGGGUUGAGUGAGGGUGUGAAGUACGAGAGGAGGGUAUUCCAUGCAUUGUUCUCUACUAAGGAUCAAAAGACCGGAAUGACUGCGUUUGUCAAUAGGACAAAGCCUGAAUGGGCCGGAGAAUAGGUUGCCUACGGGGCCGAGAGAUGGUAUCGACCUGAUCUAGGCUCUUUAUAUCGUAGCGUCUCUGUCGCUAUUUCUUUUGUACGAUAGGGAAUACAAGGGCAAUGACCAUUACAGG